UUGCCCUCAAAUUAAAUGCUCAGCUCACAGUCGGUUGGACAUCUGAGCCCGGGAGACUGCAAAGAGCAGCGCUGCCAGCACUGGCUGAAGCUGUGGAACAAGUACAGAGUCUCCAACAUUCCUUCCCUGAUAUUUAUCGAUGCCUCCAGCGGGAAGGUGGUUUGCAGGAACGGCCUCCUGGUAAUCAGAGAUGACCCAGAAGGUCUGGAGUUCCCCUGGGGGCCAAAACCCUUCAGUGAAGUUGUUGCAGGGCCUCUGCUAAGGAACAACGGCCAGACACUAGACAGCAGCGCCCUGGAGGGCUCACACGUUGGGGUCUAUUUCUCCGCACACUGGUGCCCACCGUGCCGAAGCCUCACGAGGGUCCUGGUGGAGUCCUACCGAAAAAUCAAGGAGGCAGGCCAGAAGUUUGAGAUACUCUUUGUUAGUGCAGACAGGUCAGAGGACUCCUUCAAGCAGUAUUUCAGCGAGAUGCCCUGGGUAGCUGUGCCAUACGCCGACGAGGCCAGACGGUCGCGCCUGAAUCGGCUCUACGGCAUACAAGGCAUCCCGACUCUCAUCGUCCUGGACUCCAAGGGAGACGUGAUCACACGGCAGGGGCGGGUGGAGGUGCUGAAUGACAUCGAAUGCCGCGAGUUCCCCUGGCACCCCAAGCCCGUGCUGGAGCUGACAGACUCCAACGCCGUGCAGCUGAACGAGGGCCCCUGCCUCGUCCUCUUUGUGGGUACGGAGCGUCACUGCUCUGAGAGCAGAGCCUGGGAAGGGAGACGGGCCACUGCCAGCUUGGCUAGAGCUGGCCACAGGGCUGAGAACCUGCCUCUGGUGGCGAUGGUGUCUGUGGGAAGGGAUGUCAGCCCGUUUCCAUCGCCAAGAGCUACGUCCUCACAUGUCCACAAGGGAGGGAAAGAGAGAGCUCCCUGUGGAGUCCCCUCGAGGGGUGCAAGGGGCCGGACAGACCCGGAGCCAUGUCUGUACCAGGGGAGCGGGCUGCUGUGGCUCGCGGGGCUCUGCCGGAGCCUGCCCGUGCCCACGGCUCUGCCACAGCUCCUGCUCAGCCACCCGAGGGAUGCGGCGGAGCAGCGAGUUGCAGCGGAGAGAAGCUGUCCUAUCAAAGCUGCUUUAGUGGCAGCGGUGGAGGGGAAUGCUGACAGGGUGUUGGGGAGUACGAGAAAUACACUGUCACAGCCAGUGGUGGUGGUGGAGACGGGAAAAGCUGCUCCGGAGCAGGGACCUCGGGCACACGUGACGCGCCAGAAGAGGCUGAGGGAGCGUCUCUGA